CGAAAGAGCUGGCACCUACUGGAGCCCUCCGCCCUCCGACCUUCUUAUCGGCCUGUAACUGUCUGAUCGCAUGUGGCAUCCAAUCGUGGGUCGCCACAGCUAUCAUCCAGCAGGGGUGCUUAUCUUGCUUAUCUGACCCUGGGCCAUCGAUCAUCAAUGGGAGCCUGCAGGGUGUUAUAGUCGAUCGCCGGGCCACAUACAGUUGCUUCUCCACUGGGGCGCGACAGCGUGUGCGACAAUCUUAUUAUCCCUUACGUUGGGUCCAGUACCAUUCGUUUUGUGCACCCAUCUCUCGACCGGGAACGACACCUCCUCAGCAUCCCAGUCCAUGACGAAUGACAACUAUCGAUAGAUAUGAAGUUUGAUCGGCCUCACCUUCAUGUGGCCCAGUCGAGAUCUGCUUUUGCAGAGGGCAAUUCUCGGUGGACAAACCUCGACCUCGACCCGGUGCCCCUGCAUCGCCGCAAAUGGGGCCCUCUCAGUUUCAUCUCCUACUGGAUUUCUGAUGCUUUCAAUGCAGCCACAUGGCAGUUUGCUAGUAGCAUCAUUGCUGUCGGUCUCAGCUGGCGGGAGUCGCUGGCCAUUGUCGCCAUAUCAUUUUUCAUUAUGUCCUUUGUCAUUGCCGGAAAUGGAGCAGUGGGUGCGAUCUAUCAUGUUCCCUUCCCAGUGAUCGCGCGAGCCAGCUGGGGCUUCUGGGGAUCAUAUGUCGCUAUCAUCUCCCGAGUCAUCCUGGCGCUCUUCUGGUUCGCCAUCCAGAACGUCAACGGGGGUAAUGCGGUGCGGGUCAUGAUUGGCGCCAUCUGGCCCAGUUUUUUGAGACUGAAGAACGACAUCCCCGAGGAUCAGGGCAUCACGACAAACGGCAUGGUGAGCUACUUUAUCUUCUGGCUCAUUCAGCUGCCGUUCCUCUGCAUCCACCCGAACAAAGUGCGAUGGUUGUUCGUGGCCAAGUCGAUCAUUGUUCCGAUCGCCUGGAUUGCGAUCCUGAUCUGGGCGUUUGUCGCCGAGGGUGGAGGGAAUAUGUUUGCACAGAAGCCGACGGUCUCUGGCUCGCAGUACAGCUGGGUAUUCUUGUCAAGCAUGACCGCGGUUCUGGGGAACUACGCCACUCUGAGCGUCAAUCAGUCUGAUUUCUCUCGAUACUCGCGUGUCACCCCCAAAUGGCAGCUGCUGUACGUGCCAAUGCUGCCGAUCAUCUUUACCUUCAUCUCCUUCAUUGGCAUUGCCGCUUCAUCGGCGGGUCAGGCCCGUUAUGGUGGCACGAUCCCGUGGGAUCCGAUCGAGUUGAUCAGCCACUGGUCCAGCCGAGCGUGUCGGUUCUUCGCAGCAUUCUCGUUUCUGCUGGCUUCCUUGGGCGUCAACAUCUCUGCCAACUCCAUCUCCGCGGCGAAUGACCUGAUGGCCUUGUUUCCGGAGCAUGUCAACCUCCGGCGGGGCCAGAUCAUCUGUGGGUUGCUAUCCUGGGCGCUGGUGCCGUGGAAGAUCCUCGAGUCGGCAGGCAACUUUAUGAACUUCAUGUCGGCAUAUGCGAUCUUCCUGGGGCCGAUUGCAGCGAUCAUGCUGUGGGAUUUCUGGGUGCUGAAACGUGGCAAGUACGACACUCUGGCAUUAUACCAGCCACACAACCCGAUCUACCGGUACACAUGGGGAGUCAAUUGGCGCGCGAUUGUUGGGUUUCUGGUGGGGGUGGUCCCGAGUCUUCCGGGGUUGAUCAGUUCUGUGAACAGUAGCAUUUCGGUCGGGGUGGGGGUCCAUCCGUAUCAGUUCGGAUGGCUGCUGGGGUUUGUGGCCACCAGCAUUGUGUACGUGGGGCUGUCCUUCUGGUUCCCGGCGCGCGAGUCUCUGAUUGAUAGGGCUGUGAUGGCGGAAGAGAUCUACGAGGCGCGGGAACCCGUGGAGGGAGUGUCGGCUGGCUCGGACGAGGCGUUGCACGAACAGGAGAAGAUGAAAGUGUAGUUAGUCCCGAGGCAGCCAGAGUACAGUGUAGUACAUCAUUCCAACUCUCC